CUUAGCAACAGAGGAAACAUGGCGGCGUCCGGUAACGCGGAGCCCCCUCCUGAGAUAAUGAAACCGUUAAAGAUACCGAAAACCGAGGUGCCAUCUCCCGAGUCCGAGGAUUUGAGUGACGGUGUUCAGUACCACUCCGACGCCUCGACGCCGAACCGAUUCUCGCCUCUGAACGUCGGCUGUGGCCCCGCGGGCCGGACGGCGGCCUCAUCCUCCAACAGCUUCACCGCCUGCCGGGGGAUGUCCUGGACGCCGUCCGAGACGAACGCCCUCAUCGCGGUGUGGGGCAACGAGCGGCUGACGGAGGCGCGGAUGCAGCAGCUGGAGGUCGCCGGUACCGUGUUCUCCGGGAAGCCGCCGGGCCCGGCCAUGUAUGAGCGGGUAUCCAGAGCCCUGUCAGACCUGGGCUAUGAGAGGACUCCAUCCCAGUGCAGGGAGAGGAUGAAGACGCUGAGGCGCUGCUACAGCCGCGUGAAGGAACACGGCAUCGGGAAGAGGAAGAGCAGCUACACCAUGGAGCAGCUGGAGAAGGUGUUUGGUCAGGGAGGCUGGGACUCUCAGAGCUGCGCCCCGGUGCUGAUCAACAGCAGCGGCUUGUACCAGGAGAUGGAGUCUGACGGCAGCGCCCUGGAGGACUUCUCCCAGGAGGACUGGUGCAACCAGGUGCUGGAUUCAGCUUUUCAGGAGGCAGACAUGGACACUGAGGACGUUCAGGUUCCUAAAACUAGAGCUCUACAGAUCCAAGCAGAACUGACUGAACUAAACCAAAAGAAGGAGACGAUGCAGACGGUGAUCCGGAUCCUGGAGUCGGUGCAGCUAAACUGGGAGCACUUCCAGACCUGGACCGAGUUCUCCCGGCUCCACCUGUCCAACAAGCUGGCCAUCUUCGGCGUGGGCUACAACACGCGCUGGCGCAAGGACAUACGCUACCACUACGCCGAGAUCAGCUCACAGGUGCCGCUGGGGAAGAGGCUCCGCGAGUACUUCAACCCGGAGAAGCCGGAGGGCCGGGUCAUCAUGACCAAGGUUCAGAAGAUGAACUGGAAGACCGUCUACUACAAGUUCCUGGACAUCACCAUCAGUGAGGCUCGCUGCCUGGAGCUGCACAUGGAGGUGGACUGGACCGCCGUGUCUCCGUCACACGCCACCAGCGGCAGCAGGGGCUCCUCCCACUACCUCCUUCCUGUGUACAUCCCUAAGACUCACGGGCUGUACGCCAUCGGCUACGAGGCGCCGCCGGCCCACAACGAGGAGGACGGUGGCAGCCUGGCUCAGCGUGGGGAGGAGAACGGGUCAGGGCGGUGCGAUGGCGUCCGGACCAGGCCUGCCGUCACCUACUGCUACCUGGGCGUAGCUGAGGACAGGACCAUCCAGCAGUGCCUCUUCCAGCACUUUCAGGGACCUGGGAAACAGUCAGCCUACGGGGAGCCUUCCGGCGUGACGCGCUUCCUGCAAAAAAACUGUGGCGCUGCCGGAAGCGGCGCGGACAGCCAUGACAGCGAGGACUCGCCUCAACGCCACGCUGUUUACGUGAAGUUCAUCGAGGUGGAGCUGGACUUCCUGUCUGCAGGCUCCCUGGUGGAGUGCCUGGAGACGGCCGUGGGUUACGCCUUAAAGUUCAACCACGCAGACUCGUAACGCCGGCGGCGCCAUGCUGUGGGAGGAUCUCUGAUUGUCAUGGAAACAGACCUUUAUAUUUAAUGUAUUUAUUUCUUUAUGAGCAGAUCAAGCUGCCGCCAUUAUAAGCUCGUCUUAUUCCAGACGCCAUUCCGUUUUCACGCAGCACUUAAUCAGUUUGUGAUGAACUGAAUCUUCUGCCUCAGUGGAACAAAAAGGCAGAAGUAGAACCGCCACGCGGAGCGGGCCGAAGGCGGGGGGGACGGGGACAGUACUGUCUACCUCAGGGGGUGGGGCUAAGCAGGGAAU